AUGGAUGCCAUCCUGGGAUUCCAAGAAGUUGAUGAAGUUGUAAAGAAAGGUUUUAAAGAACCCGCGAAGGAGGACUCGGAAGAAGCGAAGAAAACCUAUAAAGAAAAACUGAAACUGGAUUGCAAGAAAGUGUCAAAAGCAGUAACAACCAAGGAAGCUUGGGACAUAUUACAAGAUGGAUAUGGGAAUUCAGGAAAGGUGAAGAAGGUUAGACUACAAUCGCUGCAGAGGCAAUACGAGCUCUUGAGAAUGGGAGAGCAAGAAACCAUUGAAGAAUAUGUUGGCAGAAUUCAAGUCGUUGUUAAUGCAAUGCGGGCGUGUGAUAAGGUGGUAAAAGAUAAGAAGAUCGUUGAGAAAAUCUUGAGAAUGCUGACACCCAAGUACAAUCACAUUGUUGUGGCGAUAGAAGAAAGCAAAGAUUUGGAAAUGAUGAGAGUGGAAGAGUUACAAAACUCUCUUGAAGCACAUGAACAGCGCCUGAUCGAGAGAAGGACAGCAGAAAAGAGUGCAAUACAAAGUACGAAUCAAGCACUACAAGCUAAGAGCAGUCAAAAUUUCAAGAAUCAUGGUAUUGAGAGAGGUAGAGGAAGAUCACGUGGUGGUAGAACUGGAGGUAGAAUGAUUAAUUCUACUCAGCAACUCAAAGACGAAAGUGGCAACGAACAAAGAGAAGGAAAUAUUAGAGGUGGAAGAAAGUCCAGAGGAAGAGGUAGAAAGAAUUACGAUGAGAGAAAUAUACAGUUAUUUACAUGCAAUAAAUACGGACACUACUCAUCUGAAUGUUGGCAUAAUGAGACUGCUAAGAAAGAUGAUGAAAUCUCGUGGUACCUGGACACGGGCUGCUCCAACCACAUGACAAGCAAAAGGGAUUGGUUACUCGACUUGGAUAUGAGCAUAAAAAACACAGUACGUUUCGCGGAUAACAGCAUUAUAAAGGCUGAAGGUUCUGGGAAGGUGGUGAUUAUGCGUAAGGAUGGAAGAGUUGCGUACAUGCACAAUCGGCUGGUGCUCAAGGCCCCCCUUUCUCGAAACCGAACUUUCAAGGUAAAUUUAAAUGCAACAGAGGUUCAGUGUUUGGCUGCAACAGGUGCUGGAGAAGAAGAGUGGCUAUGGCAUUAUCGCCAUGGGCAUUUAAAUUUCAGUUGUUUAAGUCAAUUGAAGGAUAAAGAUUUGGUGAAAGGCGUUCCCACGAUUGUUACACCGAACAAGAUCUGCAAAGCAUGUGCUGUAGGGAAACAACCCAAAAAGAAUUCAGGAAAGCUGUGA